CCAGUCGAUCCACACCACCAAACCAACCCGCCCGUCUCCCUGUGUCGCGACUGGGUUUUGCCCGUAAGCCUUAGCCGGAGCCGGAUGGACUCCUCCUCCACCCCGCCACCGCCACCGCCACCGCCACUCGAGCCACCGUCAAAACUCCCCGUCAAACGCAAAAACCCUAACCCAGCCGCCUCCACCGCCGCCGACCACCGCCUCCACGACCCCCCCGCCGCCUCCUCGCCGCCCUCCAAGUUCCACCGGAUCUGGUCCGAGCCCGACGAGAUCCGCUUCCUCCAGUGCCUCCUCGACUGCGCCUCCUCCCAGAGCCUCUCCUUCCCCCGCGACCUCCGCGUCUUCUACCGCCGCUUCUCCGCCUCCUCCUCCUCCUCCUCCUCCUCCCAGCCCUACUCCAAUUCCCAGCUCUACGAGAAGCUCCGCGGCCUCCGCAAGAAGUACCGCGCCGUGUCCUCCCGGCUCGACCGCGGCGCCCUCGAUCCCUCCCGCCUCUCCCCCCACGACCGCGCGCUCUUCGACCUCUCCGAGAAGCUCUGGAGCCCCAAGCACGCAUCUGCCUCCCACUUUGGCGCUGCUGAUGGCAAUGUCGGUAGCAAUGCGGGUAGCGGCAGCGGCAGCGGCGAUGCCAUGCCUGACGAUGGGGUUGGCUUGGUCGGCGUUAGGGUUAGUUUCGCCGCGGAGUUGCAUUUGGGGUCGAAGGGCCGGGACGAGAACGGUAGGGGCGUGAUCGGUUGCGCGGAGGAGGACGAGGAGGAGGAGGAAGAGGAAGAGGAGGAGGAAGAAGGGGAGGAGGAUUAUGCCGCCGACGGUGUUCAUGGCGAUGCAAAUGGCGCUCGUGCCGUGCGUGGUGAUCGUCAUGGAGGCUUGAAGAUGAAAGAGGUGAACGUUGAUUGCGAUUUCGGCGGGCGAGGGGAUGGGGUUGCGAUUUUGAACAAGACUGGUGGCUCAGGUGGUGGUGCUGGUGGGAUUGGUGAAUUGGUGAAGAGAGCUGCCUUGGAUGUGUUUGAUCAGUCUCUGGAAGAGGUCAAGGCGGGUUUUUCGCAAGAGGGUUUGCAUUGCUAUUGCAGAUGUAGCUGCCUUUCGGAUAGCCUCGACUCUAGCUUUGCCGCGACCAAGGAUAGGCCGGGGCGUUUGCUAGAUCAAAGGUCGGCAGAGUUGGAUGUCUUCGGUCGACGGUUGAGGUUGAUCAUCGAGGAAGUACUUACCAGGAAGUGAGUAUGCGUUCCUUCCGUCGCUACGAUCUCGGCGCAUCACACCGAUAAGUGCAGGUUCCACUUAACUAAUGUUAUUAGAAUCGGGAGAAUUUUUUCAUGGACGCAUAGGUGGUUUCUUGAGUGCUUAUAACCUAGGAAAUGAGUUCAUAGCCCUUCUGUAGAUAGAAUCUGCUGUCAUUCAUCUAGUGAUAUUAUUGUACAUUCCUAUAUCUAAGUGCAUUCUUCAGUAAUAUAUCCAUUUUCCUGGAUCUUAGAAGUUGGAAGUCAGUUAUCUUACCAUUGCAAAUGUGAUUACGGUUCACUUUGAUAAGUAAUCUUGAGUUUUUUAGCA